AUGUCACUUCAACAACCUUCCCAGACUGCCAGCCAAAAUGGCGAAGUCGUCAUAGGUGACAUUGAGCAUGACGGACGUGUUAUACUAUACAUUAUCAAGGCCGAUGAAACCUCUUACAUCAAUUACAUCAAGCCCUUGAUUCUCGCACAGGAGCUCGGUUUCCCACAUGUCAUCUCUGUCAUCAAUACGACGUCACAGGCAGCAUAUAAGAUACAUCCAGAACGCAUGGUUCCUUCAUUGAAAGAUAAAGACCCCCAGACCGGAGAGCAGAUUAACGUUUUUGAAGGCACCGCCUGCCUGCAAUAUCUGGCGGAUCGUUUCGAUAUUAAUGGAGAGUGGAGCGGGCGUACGGCUGCGGAACGCGCCGCGGUUUUUACGUGGACAGCAUAUCAAACUGCUGGCAUUGGGGCAACUGCAAAGUAUUGGUUGUAUUUUCUACGAGGCUAUCCAACCAGGAAGGACCCGGUUCAGCUCCCAAGAACAAUUGAAAAGUUGCACCAGAAUACUCUAAAACAAUGGGAUAUUUUGAACAAACGCCUUGAACCUGAAAAUCAAAAAUAUAUUGCCUUGAAAGACCGACCUACACUAGCUGAUCUGUCCUACUUUCCAUUUGCAAUGCCAUGGAUGUUUGGGUUUCUUGGAGUAGAAAUAAAAGACUGGCCGCAUAUCGAGGAAUGGGCACAUCGUAUGUUAGAAAGACCUGCUGUUCAAGACAUCAUGAAAAGGGCAAAGACAUUUGGGCACAACAUGACAGAGGAACAGGCCCGUGAGCUUAAGGCUGCAGUUUGA